AUACACUCUCCCAAAAAAAAAAAUAAAACCACCAGCAAUACACACCAAACUGAGCAUGUGCAGAGUGUCUCCACACGGUAUGUCUUAUCAAGAGAUCAGAGGGAGACACUGGAAGAAGGGGAGGGUCAGAAAAGUCAGGAUCAAGCAGCAUUUUUACACAAUGCAGAGGAUUAACCCCUUAGGUUCCAGAGUGAGUAUAACAAGCGUGCUUUACUGCAGGGGCGGACUGACAACUCAUGGGGUCCCCCGGGCAAUAGGGGAUCAUGGGGCCCCUGUGUCUUUGCCCAAACUCAAAAAAGCCUAU